CCUAUUGCGCCUGGCGAGGCGCUGGGGAGGAGGAGACUCCGAUGCCCGCCCCUCUGGCUCCCCCGGGAUAAGGGAGCGCUUCGCUCUCGGAGGCCGAGAAGGCCGGCAGCAGGGCUGGAAGCUGGCAUCCCGCUGCGGAGACCCGGAUCAGAAGGCUGGGACCAAAAACCUCUCAAAAUGGCCAACCAGAUCUACAGCACGACACCUAGGAGUACCUGGAACAAAAGGGUGAAUCCUGACCUGGACAUUGAGAGGCAGAACAAAUCAUUCAAUGUUGAGAGACUGACAAACAUCCUAGAUGGCGGUGCAGAAUUUACCCAGAAACGGAGACAAGUUGAGAGCAUCAUUUACAGCGAUCCCAUAUUCAUCCUGAAGAACAUUUAUUUCAUGAGCCAGAACCAGCGCUAUGAAGCUGCCGUUCAGAAGAGUGUUCAUUGCAAGAAGCUGAUGAAGCAAAGAGGCUGGAAGGAAGAUGGUGUUGAAAAAAAGUAUAUAUACAGGGCCCUUGCAGGAGACAUGACUUUUGUCAUACACUCAGUCUUCCAAGAAGCCCUCAAGAGCCUGGGUUCAGAUGAACAAAUCAAGAAGUGGGGCCCCCUGACAGAGGACUUCCAGAUCAUUGCAACCUACGCUCAGACAGAAAUGGGACAUGGGACAUACCUUCAAGGUCUUGAGACAACAGCCACCUAUGAUGCUUCCACCCAAGAGUUUGUGCUAAACACUCCAACGUUAUCAGCAACCAAGUGGUGGCCCGGAGAUUUGGGCAGAACAGCUACCCAUGCCCUGGUACUGGCCCAGCUGCACUGCUCAGGAAGGCGGCAUGGUAUGCAUGGCUUCCUCGUGCCCAUCCGGAGCCUUCGAGACCACUCCCCUCUGCCAGGAAUAACCGUAGGGGAUAUUGGGCCCAAAAUGGAUUUUAACCAAAUAGACAAUGGCUUCCUCCAGUUAGAUCACGUGCGGAUUCCCAGGGAAAACAUGCUGAGCCGUUUCGCCCAGGUUUUACCCGAUGGCACCUACGUGAAGCAGGGCACACCCCAAAGCAAUUACCUCGCCAUGAUCGUGACCAGGAUCCAUCUGCUGUCCAGCGAGUUCAUCCCUGCCCUGAUGAAGGCGUGCACCAUUGCCACCCGCUACUCAGUCGUCCGGCACCAGUCCAAGAUCAAGCCCAGUGAGCCAGAGGUGAAAAUCCUCGACUAUCAAACUCAACAACAGAAGCUGUUUCCCCAGGUGGCCAUGGCCUACGCCUUCCAUUUUACAGAGAGAAGCAACACUGAAUUCUUCCAAAAAUCCUACCAAGAGAUAAUCAAUGGGAAUGUCACCAGCCUGCCGGAGCUUCAUGUACUCAGUGCGGGAAUGAAGGCCAUGGUGUCAGACUACUGCAUCCAGGGAGCUGAGGUCUGUCGGAGGGCCUGCGGUGGACACGGCUACUCCCUGCUGAGUGGACUGCCCUCCCUGGUCACCAAAGUCACAGCCUCCUGUACCUACGAAGGAGAGAACACCGUGCUAUACCUGCAGACAGCCAGAUAUCUGGUAAAGAGCUACCUACAGCUUCAGUCUUCCCAAGGUUCUCUGCUGCAGACGACCCUUCCUCAGUCCAUCCAGUAUCUCACUUUACCUCAGACAGACAGGUGUCCAGCACAGAAGACAGAAGACUUUCUCAGCCCCACCCUCUACACUGAAGCCUACGCUCAUGUAGCAGCCAGGCUUAUACGGAGCUCAGCUCAUAAACUACGUGAUCUGACCAGCUCUGGGACUGACCAGCAUGUGGCAUGGAACCAGACCGCCAUCCUGCAUGUCCAGGCAGCCAAGGCUCACUGUUACUAUUUUACUGUGAAAACUUUUGUGGACUCUCUAAGAAAACUUGAAAAUGAACCAGAGAUCUAUCAAGUGCUUAAACGACUCUGUGACCUCCAUGCCUUACACGGCCUUCUGUCUAAUUUGGGUGACUUCCUCUAUGAUGGCUACAUGUCUGGGGCCCAAGCAGACCUGGCAAGAGCGGCCUACUUUGAACUCCUUUCUCUGAUCCGGAAAGAUGCAGUUUUAUUAACUGAUGCCUUUGACUUCUCCGACGAGUCCUUAAAUUCCGCACUUGGCUGUUACGAUGGAAAUGCCUAUGAACGGCUGUUUGAGUGGGCCCAACAAUCACCGACCAAUACUGAGGGGAAUCCUGUCUAUGAGAAAUACCUGAAGUCAUUCUUUAAAAGCAACCGAUCCAAAUUAUAAGAUCUGCCAACUACAGACUGUCUUUUACAUUCAAGAAGUAGAACAAAAUCACCCUCUAAAUUUAUACUGUGAUAAAGAGAAAUUUGGGGUACUUAAGUUGAGGAAAAGCCAGGCAAAUCAUCAGCCAGUAGAUGAGUGCCUUCAGCACUGUUCUAUAUACGCUGUGAAAAAUAAACCUUUCCUCAUCAAGUGACCGGGACUUAACAAACUUCUUAAAUUCACAAAAAAGAAACUUAUGGAUACAACUAAGAGCUAAUAAUCAAAUCAGCCUAAUCAUACGAAGGAUGGCAGUUAUGCCUGGUUUUUUUAUACAGAUUUAAAACCAUAUUUUCACAAUUAAAAUACUAGAGCAUCUCUAUUUUUAACAUUUCGUUAUGGAAUAUCCUACCACAAAUCAAAUGAAUAUAUUAUCAACUAAAAUUUGCAGAUAAUCCAUUUAAACAUUUAGCUUUUGUGCAAUUAAAUGGGACAACGUACUAAUCAUUCGAAAAUCUGAAGGAAACUGACUUUGUUCCAAGGUUUUAGACUCGACCAUGUGACAGUGAACAAAGAAAAAGAAGUUACCAGGGGGGCAGCUAGGUGGCGCAGUGGAUAAAGCACUGGCCCUGGAUUCAGGAGGACCUGAGUUCAAAUUCAGCUUCAGACACUUGACACCUACUAGCUGUGUGACCUCGGGCAAGUCACUUGACUCUUAUUGCCCUGCCAAAAAAAAAAAAAAAAAGUUGCUGAGAAUACACUUCACUGUGAGUUUAAUAUAUUUCUUAAACUGGAUUCAAUCGGUCUUCUGCCUCUUUCCAUACUCUAAAAGCCUCUCUCACACAGUGAGAAACCCCCCUCAACUGGUGGGUUUUCCAUAAUUUAACAAGGCGACAAGAAUUUUACAGAAAGGAAACAGGAGCUGAAUUUACAACUCUGUUGUGCCCAAUUCACAGCCCCCCAAAUCAGAGUAAUUGUUGCUACAGUUUCAUUAAAGUUCUAUUUAUAAGGCAGGAACUUGGCCAUUAACAAAACUGUAUAAAGAACUUUGAGGGGGAAAUGGUACCAUUUUGUCCUGGCUGGUUGAGGUUACAGGCUUCCCUCCCAGGGUCCUUUCCUGCUCUGAUUUGUUAGCCCUGGAAUGGGCAUUUGUCUUAUCAUCCUGGAUGACUCUGAGAGCCAGAGGUAAAAUGACCUAACCUUAGUGCUGUGACCCAGAGUGUGCGGCUUGGAAGCAAUCUUUCUGAACGAGAAAUGUCAGCAGCCUGAUAUGGUAGCAAUGUAGCUAUCCUAGCAAAUCCUUUUGCUGCCGGAAACUAACCAAAUGCAAGUUCUAUAAAAUAAAAAAUGGCGAUGAAA